ACCAAAGUCCGCGCACCCAAUGUUUUUGACGGAGACCGCGACAAUCUACGCACCUUCCUCAAUGAACUCUUCCUGUUCUUCGAAGCACGUCCAGCUGACUACGCCACCGACCAGAGCCGCAUUGUCACCGCUCUAACGUUCAUGGACGGACCUAAGGUGAUCGCCUGGAAGGACGGAUACAUCGCUCAGGCCCGACAAAAUGGCUGGAACACCUGGAAUGCGUUCGAGACGGUCUUACAACAGACCUUCCAACCCAUUGAGGAAGCCGCUACGGCCGCCUCCAAGCUGUACCACCUCGACUAUCGACCUGCCGCACCAGACACCUUCAAUGCGGAAUUCUUCCGCCUCUGCGCCCUCGCCGGUAUACUCGAAGACAGUGCUCAGCUGUCCUUUUAUAAGGAGUGUCUCCCAGAAAGCAUGCGACGACGGGUUCGCCUCACGUACCCCAUCCCCACCACCGUUAAUGAGUGGGCAGCACGGGUGUUGGAAAUCGAACACUCCAACUACGAGGAAUGA